AUGAGCGAAUUACCAGAUUUUUCAAGUAGCAAACCGGCAGAUUCAGAGCUCCAAGAUUUUCUUUUAGCAGAAAAACAAAAAGCUCAAUUUCAUGCUCAAAUACAUGAAUUUAACGACUUUUGCUGGGACAAAUGUGUUGACAAGCCUGGAUCCAAAUUAGACUCCCGAACAGAAACUUGCAUAUCCAAUUGCGUGGAAAGAUUUAUUGAUGUAUCAUUAUUGAUCACCAAUAGAUUUGCACAGAUGCUUGAAAAAGGUGGUGGCAUGCAC